AUGGCACCAUGUCCCGUCGUUGGUCAUGUAGAGUGGCCAUCGGGAAUGACGAUGACGUCUUGCAGGAAGAGAAGGAUUUGCGGAGACGGUGUAUCUGAUGUGCUGGCUAAUCAGCAGCAUCUGCUCACCGGUAUGGUCCAAUCCGAUAUCCAACGCGCGCGACAUUUUGCUAGCGCCAUGCCUAUUCGACCCGUUGGCGCGGUUAGGGUGAAUCCGUUCCCCCGGCGAAAAUCGGAUGGACCCACUGGCCGCCUUUAUGAUCGCGGUACCAACGGUGAGGCCGCUGUAGGAUGCAUGCACCUCGCACUGUGGGCUGAGCUUGAUCAUUGGACAGCGAGGGCAACGUCACGGACGAUUGGUGGGAUGCCUAUGUACACGGAAGCCAUGCAACAGAGACACAACGUGGAUGGAGAAGAAGGAGGUAUUGAGACACUAGCUGUCUACCUCGGGCGGCGGGAGAGUCACGGGCCCGCACCCCUUAUGCCAGAUCCGGCAAGGCGGGAGGAUAGCAGGCCAAUGAGAAGACCGAUAAGCCCCCAAGAAUCUGAGUUACCCAAAACAGCAAAAGCAGGGGGGUGUGACUGCUUAUUCCUGAUUGGGUCAAUUGGGCUGGUGGCCGACAAGAGACAGAAAGAAAGAGGCAACGAUGAUCCAGGGUUGACCAAGAUGACCAUUUGCCCAUUCGACCGCAUGAUGCAUCAUCCUGUCUCUGUCUCUUUCCCUUCUGUUGCUACGGCGGUUGGGAGCCAUCCAGUUCCAUCCAAACCAUCCAAUCCAUGCCAUCGGGGAUUCGCACUCUUACUGCCUCCGUGCAAAGACAACGGAAGUGGGGCAGCGAUCUAUCGGCUAGCUUUGGACAACUUUGGAAUUAUUGUUGGAAAAGUGCUUUGGUGGUGGAGGGAAAAAGUGGGCUGUGGAAUUGAAGGUGGUCUCGUUGAGCGGGUUUUGGAACCUUCUCCCGGAAUAGAGGCCAAAACCUCUUUAGUUUCUCUCUCUCUCCCUCUCUCUCUCCUUCUCUUCAAAAAGCAUGGGGAGUCGGUCGUCUGUUUGGAUAUUAAAUCUCAUGGAUCUCCAACUAUCCACUCCGGCCAAGAAGGUGUUGUUGUUGAAAGUUGA